AUGGGUUGUCAGAGUACUCUGAAGAUACAUCAGCGCAUACAUAGUGGGGAAAAGCCAUUUUGUUGUGAUGUAUGUAAUAAGUCGUUCAUUUUGAAGCGUAAUCUGAAGAAGCAUGUUUUCGUACAUAGUGGGGAAAAGCCAUUUUGCUGUGAUGUAUGUAAUAAGUCAUUUAGUCUGAAGCGUAAUCUGAAGAUACAUCAGCAAAUUCAUAGUGGUGAAAAGCCAUUUUGCUGUGAUGUAUGCAAUAAGUCAUUCCGUGAUCGGAGUCAUCGGAACAGACAUCAGCUCAUACAUAGUGGAGAGAAGCCAUUUUGUUGUAAUGUAUGUAAUAAGUCAUUUAUUCAGCAGGGUAAUUUGAAGAAACAUCAGCGCAUACAUAGUGGCGAAAUGCCAUAUUGCUGUGAUGUAUGUAAUAAGUUGUUCGGUGAUGAGAGUUAUCUGAAGAUACAUCAGCGCAUACAUAGUGGGGAAAAGCCAUUUUACUGUGAUGUAUGUAAUAAGUCAUUUAGUCACAAGUGUAACCUGAAGACACAUCAGCGCAUACAUAGUGGUGAAAAGCCAUUUUGCUGUGAUGUAUGCAAUAAGUCAUUCCGUGAUCAGAGUCAUCGGAACAGACACCAGCUCAUACAUAGUGGAGAGAAGCCAUUUUGUUGUAAUGUAUGUAAUAAGUCAUAUAGUCAACAGAGUCUUCUGAAGAAACAUCAGCGCAUGCAUAGUGGGGAAAAGCCA